GAGAACGAGAACGAGCGAGAGACGAGACACGUUGCAUUAGUCAGCAGAUAGAUCGACGACGCGGUCCCUGUCCCUGAACGUGACGAGGCCUUUUCGACAGCAAACCAAACGAAAGGAUAAGGAGCCAACCAUUUGAAGCGCCAAGCACCCAAAAGCGAAAUGUUGCCGCAUCAUCAGCGCCAUAAAGUGGCGGCCUCAGCGGCAGUCCUCAUCCUGCUGCUGCUGCUCGGCUCCGAGGCGCGUUCCAGUGACAAGGAGGGACGCCGCAAUCGCAGUCGUCAGCAGGGCUCCGUGGCCUCAGCCUCGGCCUCAGCCAGCACAAAUGGCGCCUACUAUGGCGUCGGUGGUGGUGCUGCCUCCUCCUCGUCCUCGCUGACAGCCGCCAACUCUGGGGGUUCCGGCUAUGUCUUCACCAGCAGCUCAUCGCUGCCGGGCGGCAGCACCGGCUACACUGGACCCAUGGACUCGACCGGCUUCUGCACACGCAGGCGGGACAUGAAGCUGAUGUGCUACUGCACACCCGACGAGAAUCACGUGCCCGUGCAGAAGGCCGAGUGCUGGGUGUUCUCCGAGGGACUGCAUCAGAACGACACCACCUGGACGCGCUUCUACCAGCAGAAGCGGCUGCGGGAACUCAAAUUUGUCAUUCAAAACAAUGCCAGACUCGAUUACAUACCCACCAUGAUCAUUGAGCCGCUGAAGAACCUCAGCAGCAUUGUCAUUGAGUACUCCCAGGUGGAGAUUGUCAAGAGCUAUGCCUUUGCCAAUCUGCCCUUCCUCGAGCGGAUCAUCCUCAACAACAAUCACAUUAUGGCACUCGAUCAGGAUGCCUUUGCCAAUCACAUUCGCCUGCGGGAACUCAACUUGGAGCACAAUCAAAUCUUCGAGAUGGACCGCUAUGCGUUCCGCAAUCUGCCGCUCUGCGAGCGCCUCUUCCUGAACAACAACAACAUCAGCACGUUGCACGAGGGGCUGUUCGCGGACAUGGCACGCCUCACGUAUCUGAAUUUGGCGCACAAUCAAAUCAAUGUCCUUACCAGCGAAAUCUUUCGCGGUCUGGGCAACCUCAAUGUCCUCAAGCUGACGCGCAACAAUUUAAAUUUCAUUGGCGACACGGUCUUUGCGGAGCUGUGGAGUCUGAGUGAGCUGGAGCUGGAUGAUAAUCGCAUUGAGAGAAUCUCGGAGCGUGCUCUGGAUGGCUUGAACACGUUGAAAACUUUGAACUUGCGCAAUAAUUUACUCAAGAAAAUCGACAACGGUCUGCUGCGUGGCACUCCGGCGCUGCUGUCCAUCAAUGUGCAGGCAAACAAGUUGGAAACGUUGACAUUCUACACGUUCCAGCCAAUUAUGGACAAUUUGGUUAACAGCACCAGUGAGCUGUUGGUGUCAGACAACAAAUUCAUUUGCGACUGUCGCCUGCAAUGGAUCUUUGAGUUGAGAAAUCGCACACGUCACCUGCAGCUGCGUGACUCGUUGGACGAGUUGCUCUGCUCGCUGCCGGACCCCAAACUGUCGCACUUCGUGGACCCAGUGCCAUCGAAAAUUCUGGAUCUGUUGAACGUUGGCGGCUUCACGGCCAUUGGCAGCAACAGCGCCAGCAUGGGCGGCAUUGGCAACAGCGUCGUGGGCAGCAGCUACAGCAGCUUGGAUGAUCUGAGUGCCGGGGGAGCCUCCAGGAAGCACACGACGAGCAAGUCGCGGCAGGCACUGCGCGGACAGCGGCAGUUUGCGGCCGAGAAUGUGGUGGAGGGCAAGAUGCGACGCAAGCGGCAGCAGCAGGAGCUGGCCCAGGGGCAGCUGGCUGCUGUGGCGCCCACCCACAAGCGUUACGACUACUACGACGAUGUCAAUGGAGGCCUGGGACAGGCACUGGGCCACGAUCUCGAUGAUAAUCUGAACCUGCACAAGCAGGGCUCCUUCUACAGCCCGGGCACGGCCACUGGCACGAAUCACAACGAUGUGGAGGUGCUCAUGGGUCCGCAUCAAUCGUCAGCCACUGGCGGCGGCGGCGAUGCCCUCGAUGUUUUGGCCAACAAGAACACGGUCAAUGUGCGACUCUUUCUGCUGAAGCCCGAGAUGCUGCCCUGCCACGAUGAGCUGAGUGAUCCCACCGAGCUGCCCCUGUCCCGCGAUCUCAUGGAUGUGCGCAGCAACGUGCAGGACUCGCCGUUGAACGGUGCCACGCGGCAGGAUCUGCUCUCCGGACUGAUGCUGCUCCUCUGCCUGCUGCUGUCGCUGUCGAUCAGUCGAGGUUGAUUCGGCAAUGAAUGGCAGUUCUGCUCGUUGGAGAACGCU